AUGUCGAAACCCGCAUACGACAAAGCUGACGCGCGCGCCCUCCUCGACGACCGCGGCUACUCGGGCGCUCUGAUCCGCGGCCAGAACCCGGCGCUGCUCUUCGAAAAGGGUGUUCGCGAUCGCAUCACAGAGUCCUACUACUGGAAGGAGCAGUGCUUUGGUCUCAAUGCGGCGACACUAUGUGACCGUGCUGCAGACUUGAAGUUCAUCGGUGGCACGACGGGCAUCAUGGGAAAACCGACGCCGUUCCUGUGCUUGGCAUUCAAGAUGUUGCAACUCGUGCCGGACAAGGCGAUUGUGUUGGAGUACCUGAAUUUCAAGGGAGACGAGGACGAGGACGAGGAUGAAGAAGACGAGAAUGGGAAGGUCAAAAAGGAAGAAGAAGAAGAAGAAGACAAGGAAGCUGCUGAGGAGGGCGAGCAAGACAAAAAGGAACAAGAUCUCAACGCAGCGGGCAAGCUUGGCUCCUUCAAAUAUCUCCGCUGUCUCGCGGCCUUCUACAUUCGUCUCGCCUGGGAGCCUGUCGAGAUCUACAAAACCCUCGAGCCUCUGCUCACCGACUACCGCAAAAUCAAGCGCCGGCUCAAAGACGCCUUCACCCUGACGUACAUGGACCAGUUUAUCGACGACUUGCUGACCAAGGACCGGAUAUGCGCAACGAGUCUGUGGAAGCUACCGUCGAGGGCGAAUUUGGAGGAUCUAGACAUGCUGGAUCCGAGAGAGAGUCCACUCGGAGACGAGAUAGAUGCCCUUGACGAGGAGAUGGGUGGGAUCGAGGAUGGAGAGGCCAGGAGCGAGGGGAGCUACAGGAGUCCAAGUAGGAGCUAUGACAGCAGGAGUCGGAGCAGGAGCCGGAGCUAUGAUAGCAGGAGUCGAAGCAGGAGUCGAAGCGUGGACAGUCGAGAUCGGCGGCGGACUCGAAGUCCUGGGGAAAGAAGUAGAAGUCGUAGCAGAAGGCGUAGCAGGAGUAGGGAUGGUUCGAGAGACCGAUCAUCAUAG